AUCAACUAGUUGUGUUGUCACCGGCGUGCGUGUGCGUGCAUCGCGUCAGUAGUUAGCUGAUUAGUCGGCCGUGAGUUAGUGGCCGGUUGGGGUGGCCGGGUCGUGCGUGCAUGCAUUAGAUGGAUAUGCUAGCUACGUGUGUGUGCCGGCCAAGUAAACGGGCUGCAUGUGUGCGGUUGGUUAGUGCGUGCGUGGCCGAGUGUGGCGGCCGGCCCUGUGUGAGCCAGAGUAUAAAUCCCCCGUCUCUGUAUUGGUUGCGUGAGCCGGUGUUGUAGCCAUGUAGCCACCGUAAAGAAGAAAAUGAUUGGGGCGUUCGUGCGCCCGCUACGGCGUUCGUGCGCCGGCCCGGAAUUUUUUGUGUCUUGUGUCUUCUUCUACCUCUAGCCGAGAGUGAGAGAGGACUGCGGUUCCAACAGAGUGCGCGAGGAACGGGCAGAACAGCGGGUGCAACGGCGGGAUGAUGGAGGACGCGUUCGACUUCAUCGCCCGGAACGGCGGCAUCGACACGGAGGAGGACUACCCCUACACCGCCAAGGACGGCAGGUGCGACCACGCCAAGAGGAGCCGCACGGUGGUGUCCAUCGACGGCUUCGAGUCGGUGCCGGAGAACGACGAGCUGUCGCUGAAGAAGGCGGUGGCGCACCAGCCCGUGAGCGUGGGCAUCGAGGCCGGCGGCCCCGAGUUCCAGCUGUACGAGUCGGGGGUGUUCACCGGCAGGUGCGGCACGGAGCUGGACCACGGCGUGGUGGCGGUGGGGUACGGCACCGACAAUGGCAGGGACUACUGGAGCGUGCGCAACUCAUGGGGCCCGGACUGGGGCGAGGACGGCUACAUCCGGAUGGAGCGCAACGUCACCGCGAGCACCGGCAAGUGCGGCAUCGCCAUGAUGGCGUCCUACCCCGUCAAGAACGGGCCCAACCCGUCACCCAAGCCACCAAACCCGCCGAAGCCGAAGCCGGUGGCCUGCGACCGCCACAGCAAGUGCCCGGCGGGGAGCACCUGCUGCUGCACCCACGGCGUCAGGAAGACGUGCUUCGUCUGGGGGUGCUGCCCUGCCAAGGGCGCCACCUGCUGCAAGGACGGCGCCACCUGCUGCCCGUCGGACUACCCCGUCUGCAACGCCAGAAUCGCACUUGCUCCAAGAGCAAGAACAGCCCGUACACCGUGGAGGCGCUCAUCCGUACUCCGGCCAAGCGAAGCAGGACAACGACACUUACACAACUGGUUGAUUUAGUGUUCUCCGAAUUGGACAUCUAGGCUCUGAGUCUUUUCUAGUAUUAUUUUUUAGCACAUAGCUACAAUAGUAUUAGGACUAUUUGAAAUUUGUAUCCGCAGGAAUAUGUACAUACGAGAUACGAGAAUUUCCACCUUGUUGAAGAUCAGACAUUCUUUGUAUCUAUUGUUUUCCUUUUCCUUUGCAUCUCUCUGUUUCCAGCUCUAUCUGUUUAUGUUCUUCAAAUUAGUUAUGAUUUACAUUAAUGGUUUCAAGUUUGUCAUGAUUUAAAUUGGGUGCUUUUUUUAGAAAAAAAAAUGAAUUUAUUACAAAAGUUCAUCAAAAGUAGAAAGCAAGCAUAAUAAGAAUUACAUCGAGAUCUUUGGACAACCGAACAACCACUAUUGCCGUCAGAACAAGUUGUCAAUGCGUUGUUGUCGCCGCCCCCCUACCGAACUUUGUCAGUGACAGCCAGGGAGACUUUGUGCACGUGGCCCUAAG